AAACUCAAUUGCUCUGUUCUUCAGCACACCCAGAUAAAGUUUACAUUAAAGCAGAUAAAUAUGAUUUACCAUUACACAAAGUCACGCGUGCCUUAGUCACUUCUCACCUGGGUUAUUGCCGUGUGCUGGUGUUGCCCUUGAACACCAUGCAGAAUUUACAAGUUGUCCGGAAGGCAGCAGCAUGCAUAACAUUGGGAGCUCAAAGAUCACCCAGGUUACACCUUUAUUGCAGGACCUGAACUGGCUGCCAGUUUCUUUCUGGAUGCAAUUCAAGGUGGUGGCAAACACAUUUAAGACCCCAUAAGGCACAGGACCUGCUUAUUCCCAGCACUACCUCUCGACGACCCUCACUCUGUCAAGGACCUAGGAGUAGUCAUCUCAAAGGAUCUAAGCCCCAGAACUCACUGUAACAGCAUUGCCAAAAAGGCAUUAAGAAUUGUUAACCUUAUUUUGCAAAGCUUCUUCUCCCGUAACAUCAAAUUGUUAACGAGGGCAUAGAAAACCUUUGCCAGACCAAUUCUUGAAUACAGCUCAUCUACCUGGAAUCCACACUGUAUAUCAGACAUUUAAUACGAUUGAGCGGGUCCAGAGUUAUUUCAUGAGAAGAGUCCUCCACUCCUCUGCUUGCGAACAGAAUCCCUUAUGCCAUCAGGCUUGAAAUUUUGGGCUUGGACAAUCUGGAACUAUGCCACCUACGUUCUGACCUAAGCCUAGUACACAGUAUUGUCUGCUACAAUGUCCUACCUGCCAAUGACUACUUCAGCUUCAAUCUCAAUAAUGCAUGGGCAAAGAAUAGCUACUAACUCAAGGUAAACCGCUCCAAACUCAAUUGCAGAAAAUUCGACUUCAGCAACAGUGGUCAAUGCCUGGAAUACUCUACCCGACUCUGUUGUUACAGCCUCAAAUCCCCACAGCUUCAACUGUCUACCGUGGAACCACCCCAUUCCUAAUGAGGCGGGAGCAUUGGAAUAAUCCAUAAAUCCAUAAUUUUUCCUUCUUAAUAUGAUACCCGUACUCUUAACAUAUCUCCCUGUAUUCAACUACCUUAUAUUUUAUAUCUUAUGAUUGCCUGCUUUGUAACCUCAAUAUAAACGAGAAACUGAAAGUGCCAGCUGUACAGGAACAUUGCUGAAACUUACAAGAGAUGGAACAUAACAGGAAGCCAUAUGGGCGGUGUUUGAUAUUUGCUCAACUGUUACCAUAUUUGGAUAUUAGGUGCUUUUUGCUAUAUGAAAUGUAUUGUGAAGACAUGAAACUGUACUUUCUGUAAUUUUCCAGUUACUUCUGCUUUUUGAAUUAAAACCACCUACCCGGGCGUAUCCCGGGCAGUCCAGACUUUGGUGUUUGAACACACUGGGCUCUGAUGCAUCAAUAAAGUCUGUUUCUCUCACCUUCCUGGUCUCGAGUCUUUCUCUUGGCAAAGUGUGGCAGUAACUGGAGAACUGGACUGUGCUGCUACACUAAGAGAGCAUCCGGUCAUGUCCCUGCAAAGCGGGACCGCCUGCUGCUACCGAAUACCUCUCACCGACCCGUGCGCUCUCACAGAGAGGGACUCCUCAGGGUGCCGUCGGCGCGACAGUGUCGUCUGGCGACACCCAGGGGAAGGGCCUUCUCUGUGGGGGCUCCCGCCCUCUGGAACGAACUCCCCCCAGGACUUCGUCAACUUCCGGACCUCCGAACCUUUCGCCGCGAGCUCAAAACUUACUUAUUUAUCUGCGCUGGACUGGCACCUGCCAUGGCAGCUCCCUCUCGAUAUUCCCAGCCAUCUACAGAAUGCAGCACAAUGGACUGGCCGAACACGGAAGCCAGUGAGGCAUUUGAUACUAUUCCUUUGCCCCAUCAUGCACCUGCUAGAAAUUGGAAGAGGAAAACUCCCACUUAUGAACGGCGUAAUGAGUCUUCGUCGAUUGAUGGAAAGCCUAGAAUUGCAUCCAAAACGAUCAGGAGGUGCCGUUGGUGGCUUGCUUGGGGCCUGGAUGGCCUCGGGACAGUUCAAGCCCAUUCCUCAGAUUAUCCUGGAACUGCCUCCUGCGGAGCAGCAACGGCUUUACAAAGACGUCUGUGCCAUUAUUCAGAAUCUGGACUGGACCGACAUAGCCCAACUCACAGCCUUCGUCAUGGCCAGUGGUUCCCUUCAAGAGAAAUUGCUUGGUGUCCUGACAAGCUAUAUCAUUAAUGAACUCCGAGGGGAGAUCCAGUAUGGAAACUAGACACAGAUGUGUGUUUCGGGGGGUCGUGAGUGCCCUUAACUCCCCUUCUGACCCUUUUCUCUGACAUUUUAGAUUUCUUAAGAUCAUGGUUUUUAUAGGAAUAACAAGAUGGCAACCAUGCAUUUUUUCUUUAACCCCAAAUAAUCUGUUUUGGGAAAAUGAACAAGGCAAGCUUUGGUUUGCCCAUACUGAUUUUUGUUUUCUUUUUUUUUCAUAAUUAAUCCCUAUUUCAAUAGCCCAGGGUAGAUGUGUUUGAACUUCGAUGUUUACUGUCUUUAUUUAAAAAUAUAUUUAUGCCACCCCAAAAAUUGGAUUUGGAGUGCCUUGCUGAGUAAGUAUCUCUCAUUCAUCGGACCUCCUUAAGCAGCGGCCUCUGUAACAGUGACACCAUCAAAGAAAAUGCCACUGUUGCAUACUUGCAUUGUGGUCAAGGAUGUAACUCAUGGUGUUGGUACUAUGAUGACAUCACUAUUUGCUGUUCUUUGAUAUGCAUCAUCUUAGAUGAUUUUUUUUUAAUUUGCAUUUAUAUCCUGGCCUUCUCCAAAGACUCAGGGCGGCUUACACUAUGUCAAGCAAUAGUCUUCAUCCAUUUGUAUAUUAUAUACAAAGUCAACUUAUUGCUCCCAACAAUCUGGGUCCUCAUUUUACCUACCUUAUAAAGGAUGGAAGGCUGAGUCAACCUUGGGCCUGGUGGGACUUGAACCUGGAGUAAUUGCAAGCAGCUGCUGUUAAUAACAGACUGCAUUAGUCUGUUGAGCCACCAGAGGCUGCACAAGUAUCAUCAGCCUUUCCUUCCCAGUUACAAGGAUGGGAUCUAUGACCAAUUGUCCUAUCCAGAUAUGUUGUUUGGGUGAGAAAGACAGGCUGGUAGAUAACAUAUCUUCAGGAUGCCAAGUUGGAGAAACCUAAUAUAGAUAACUGCACUGUGAUUGAACUACACGAUGUCCUCUUGGCCACAUUACAACGAUCAACGUCAAACUACUUGGAAUUUCUCAGACGGGGAGGUUCACUUAUCCACUUAUCUCUUUCUGCCUUAAUUUUGAGACAGUGAAGGAGUUAAAAGUUGAAAUAGUUUGGAACCAAAAAAUGAUUCAUCUUCUCAGAAGAUAAAAUGUAAAUAAAGCUGAAUUUUAAUUUGUGAACUGCCAAGGUUGUAUGAUCCUUAUUCCCCUUCCUUUUAGAGAUGCUAAACUGGGUUUCCUGAACUCCAAGUUGCCUUCAGUUGAGAACAUUUUAACAGGAGGAGGGAGACAAGGAAGAAAGAUCUGGGAGUAACAAAGAAUAUUAAAAGUCCAACAUUCAGGUUUUACAGUUUGGGUUUUUUUUUAAAAAAAACAAAUGAAAAUACAGGUAGUCCUCAACUUACAACAGUUCAUUUAGUGACCAUUCAAAGUCACAAGGGCACUGAAAAAGUGACUUACGACCAUUAUCACUGAACGACCAUAGCAGCAUCCCCAUGGUCACGUGAUCAAAACUCCAGAAGCUUGGCAACUGACUCAUAUUUAUGACGGUUGCAGUGUCCCAGGGUCACGUGAUCCCCUUUUGUGACCUUCUGACAAGCAAAGUCAAUGGGGGAAAAGCCAGAUUCACUGAACAACCGUGUUACUAAUUUAACAGCUGUGCCAAGAAAGGCUGUACAAUGGAGCAAAAUUCACUUAGCAAAUGUUUCACAUAAGUUGUGGUAAGUGGCUCGGUUGUGGUCGUAAGUCAAGGACUACCUGUCAUAGAAAUCGAGCAGUGAAAAAUGGUCUUUCGCAUUGUCUCAUACAAGAAAUUGGGGGACGGGGAAGACAUCUUCAUAAAGGGAGAUAUGAUUGUUGUUGUUAGUUGCGAAGUCGUGUCCGACCCAUCGCGACCCCAUGGACAAUGUUCCUCUAGGACUUCCUGUCCUCCACCACCCUCCAGAGUCCAUCCAAGCUCACGCCAACUGCUUCAGUGACUCCAUCCAGUCAUCUCGUUCUCUAUCGUCCCGUUCUUCUUUUGCCCUCAGUUGUUCCCAGCAUUAGGCUCUUCUCCAGUGAGUCCUUCCUUCUCAUUAGGUGGCCAAAGUAUUUUGAGUUUUAUCUUCAGGAUCUGGCCUUCUAAAGAGCAGCCAGGGUUGAGCUCCUCUAGGACUGACUGGUUGGAUCGCCUUGCAGUCCAAGGGACUUGCAGGAGUCUUCUCCAGCACCAGAGUUCAAAGGCCUCAAUUCUUCGAUGCUCAGCCUUCCUUAUGGUCCAACUUUCACAGCCAUACAUUGCAACUGGGAAAAGCAUAGCCUUGACUAUACACACUUUUGUUGGCAGGGCGAUGUCUCUGCUUUUUAGUACGCUGAGACAUAUGAUGGGACAAUGUAAACAUUGAAAACUGAUUAAGGGAGCAUUAAGUGGGGAUGGUAGCCUUGUAGAUAAAUUUGGCGGUAGGAACAUUGGAACUAAGGGAGAAUAAUACCGUGUUGCGCAAUCAAUCCUUUUUGUAAAAUGGAGAGCAAACAUCACAACAAGUUUGGUAAGUUAAUAAUCAUGUGUCUUUAUCUUGUUUAAAGUCCACUGUACAGGAGGUAUGUCUGCAUUCAGGGGUGGGUGGCCAUCCAAACGUCUUAAGCAUCAUUCCUAAAACAGGAAAAACAGUUGCAGGAAUCGGGUACGUCUAGUCUAGCGAAAAGAAGGAGUAGGAAUGACAUAACAAGUGUUCCAAUAUUUGAGGGGCUGCCCCAGAGAAGAGAGGGUCAAGCUAUUCUCCAAAGCACCUGAAGGCAGGACAAGAAGCAAUGGGUGGAAACUAACCAAGGAGAGAAGCAACCUAGAACUGAGCAGAGAUUUCCUGAUGGUGAGGACAAUUAACCAGUGGAACAGCUUGCCUUCAGGGGGAAAAAAAAAGUCAGUUACCUGUUAUCUUUCACCCAUCGUGACAUCACUUCCACACAGCUUUAACCCAAUUUGCUGAAUUAAUUCAUUUUCGGUUUUUGUAGAAUACAUCCAAACUCUGUAAACCCACAAGAGUCUCAACACUACACAAAAGACAAGACACCUGUUCUCCUUUCAGCCUUAGCUUGCUGCGCGCAGUGUGGCUAGCUGAUCUGAUUACUGAUAAGUUGUACAUAGGCCUACCUCCUUUCAUCAGUAGCUUCAGCCUUCAACUCUCAAGAGCCAAUUUCCGAUUUUUUUCUUCUUUUGGUUUUUGUUCUGCACAAAGCCACAUUUUCUACCCAACGAUCACCUUUGUGUGUGUGUGUGUGUGUGUGUGUGUGUGUGUGUGUGUAGGAGAGGCUCAUCUUAAGUGCGCUGCUUUUUUUCUAUGAUUUGAUCACGUGUGCAUAGAGGAUGCAUUUGAUGCAUUUGUCUUUGACAUGGCAAGAGAUGGCCACGGGACGUGCCAUCCUGUGGCAAGCCUUUUUAAUUAUGGUUUUCCACAGGGUGGCGCAUUUAAAAAAAAAAAGCAGCAUUGCAAAAUACAAGAAAGUUUGAAUGGGUUUCCAAGAGAUACUACGGUAUCUUGGAUCUAAAUAAGACCAUGCCUUGAUUUUGCAAAAGCGGUGCAUGGGCCAAGUUUUAUGCAUUUGCCCUCUACCAUCCUAGGAACAUCCCAAAGGUGGAUUUUUUUUCUUCAAAAGGCAACUAAACUUUCUUGAUUUUGUCCCCCCCACCCCCAAGCUUUGGAAAUGUUUCACUUCUCAUCCAAGAAUCUUCUUCGCUUCUCGGUGGGAGGUAAAGAAGUAAAAAAAAACCCACAAAUAUUGUUGAAUUCAUUGGUGUGGUUGGUCCAAUACCAUUGCAAUUGGAAUAGGAUGUUCUGUUCCUGACCAGUCUCCCAGUCUCUGCCGCUGAAAACUACCCCCCGGCAUGAUGCUGGCACCAUCCACCAUCCUUCAUUAUUGGGACGGAAUUGGGUAGAUGUUGAGUAGUUCCUGGUUUCCUCUGGUCAUAAUGUUCCGAAAGAGGCCAAAGAGUUCAACCGUGGUUUCAUCAGAGCAGAGAAUCUUGUUCUUGGCAGCCUGAGGGUCCUACAGGGGCUUUUUUGCCAACUCCAAGCAGGCUUUCAUAUGUUUUGCACUGAGGAGAGGCUCCCAUCUAUCCACGCUGCCAUAAAGUCCAGAUCGGUGGAGGGCUGCAGUGACGGUUGUCCUUCUGGAAGUCUGUCCCAUCUCCAGACAGGAUCUCCGGAGCUAGUCAGAGUGACCAUCAGGUUCUUGGUCCCCUCUCAUACUAAGGUCUUCCUCUCAAGAUUGCUCAGUUUGACCAGAGGACCAACUGAUGGAAGAGCCCUGGUUUUGCCAAACUUCUUUCAUUUGAGAAUUAUGGAGGCCACUGAGUUCUUAGGAACCUUCAGUGCAGCAGAAAUUUUACUGUAGCCUCCCCCAGAUGUGUGGCUUGCAAUCAUCCUGUCUCUGAGCUGCGCAGGCAGUUCCUGUGACCUCCUGGCUUUUGUUCUGCUACAGCAUGCAUUGUCAAUUGUGAGAUGGAAUAAGCGACCCUCUAUUUUCUUAGAUGGGAUUAACAACUUCAUUCCAUAUAUUGAGAUCUUUCUUUUCUUUCCUGA